AAGAGAAGGGGUCGGUCUAUCGGCCGGCCGGUGGGUGUAGUGAGCAAUAUAGGAUCUUUGGUAGUGAGUGGUGGGUCGGGCUGAUGGCCGGCCGUUGGGUUCAGUGAGGGAUCGGGCAGUCGGUCGGCCGGCCGGCUGCUGGUGCAGCGAGCGAGCGAGUGAGCGGACUGACGGAGCCGGCGCUAUGGUGGUGCUGAAGGCGGCCCGGGCGCCGCGCAGGGCAGUGCUGCUGCCCACCAUGUUGACAUUCGGUGUAAUCGUGGCGUCGGGUGGGCUGCUGCUGAUGAUCCAGAAGGGCAUGCUGGCCGAGGUGGACGCGCUGAGCGGACACACUUACGGUGCCCGCAGCCGGUCCCGCAGCGGCUCCAGCUCCAGCUCCAGCACCAGCCGCGGGCAGCACUGGAAGGGGGGCGAGGAUCCGGAUUACCAGAUUAUUCAAGAUAUCCGGAACCGUACUCUUCAUAGUGUUUGCAAACAGAAGACAAUGCCACAUAGUAUCUUGGAUUUAACCGCAUCCCAACGACGGACUUUGCUAAAACACAUCCUAGUUAAUGAUGAUUAUAAGUUUUUGUAUUGUUAUGUACCCAAAGUUGCGUGCUCUAACUGGAAACGUGUUAUUAAAGUACUGGGUGGUGCAUUGGAUAAUGUGCACGUGCAGAUAAAAAUGGACCACAAAAAUGAUUUGGUGUUCCUUGGCGAUUUAAAGAACAGUGAGAUUAAAUAUAGGCUGAAACAUUACUACAAGUUUAUGUUUGUUCGAGACCCAAUGGAACGAUUGUUGUCAGCAUAUAGAAAUAAAUUUGGAGAAAUGGUGGAAUAUCAAAGGAGAUAUGGAAUGGAGAUAGUGAGAAGAUAUAGGAAAAACAUUGGGCAGUCCAAAGGGGAUGAUGUUUCUUUUUCAGAAUUUCUUCAGUAUUUGGUGGAUGAAGACGUAGAGACGAUGAAUGAACAUUGGAUGCCAGUUUACAAUCUGUGCCAACCAUGUGCUGUGAUGUAUGACUACAUUGGUUCCUAUGAACGAUUGCAUAGUGAUGCACGCUAUGUACUUCAAACUGUUGGGGCCUCGGACAAUGUUGAGUUUCCUGAAAGGCAAGCAUGGUAUAAACCCGUCACGAAGGAGAUCUUGCAUUACUAUCUAUGUAAGGUGCCUCGAGAACUUUUGCAUCAACUUCUACCAAAGUAUAUUCUAGAUUUCUCAUUAUAUGCUUAUCCUCUCCCAAACGUCACACAUGAAUAUUGCCGGCAUUGAAGAGCAUUGUUUCCAUCCAUAUAGAGGAGAAUGUGUUUUGCAUUUUAAUUUUUUAAUUUGCGAAGUUGAUGGAAUCAUUGGCAUUCCGAUAACAUUCUAUUGCUGCUUUAUUUUAUUAUAUAUGCUUAUAACAGUAUAACCAUUGCCUUACUGGGAGGGGAUGGAUUUGCCCCCAAAUCUCAUUUCCACCACCGAAGUAUGACUUGAAAAUUUUCUGUGAUAAACUCUUGAUACAAAUUGACUUGUGUAACUUCCCCAGGAUCAGUAUUACACUAACUGUUUUUGUCGUGUGUUUAUUCGCAACACUUUUUGUAGCUCUUUUCAUACUUCUAUUAUACCUCAGCUUGCUGUUCUAUUCCUUUUCCUCUUCAUUUAUUUAGUUUGCUCUUCAAUUUUUUUUUGCUCUUUUAAAUUUGGAGAUUGCAAAUAGCGAUGCUAUUCCCACUGUGUGGAGAUAAUUGAUUAAUUCCACUGUCAAUCUUUUUUUUGAAUCAGUGGCAUUUCUUGCACUUGAUCGCUUAUUUAUAGACAAUAGGUGCAGGAGUAGGCCAUUUGGCCUUUCGAGCUAGCACCG